AUGGUGGAUUGACUUCCAGGGGAGGUAGUGAAAUCUCAUAAUAUUACAUUUAAGCAAAAGUUGGAAGAUUAUAUAAAACUGACCGACCAUAAGAGAUAUUUAGCCAACUUUAAUUUGGAGAAGGGCCUCGGGAGGAGUGGAAGGGUGGUGGAUGAAGAACAUGAGGAAAAGAGAAGGAUUGUACUGCUGAACCUGUUGAUAUGUGUAGUAGUUUUCUACAUUGUGUACUAUGUGGUCCUAAGCAUUUGUUUCACAGCAUUCAGGUUGGAAAUGUUGGACGGUUGGGCACCUUUUGAUUUUAAGACAAAUCCCUCAUGGAUUAACCCAAAUUACUUAGUUCUUCUGGUUUCACUGGAGAUAACCUACUUUAUUUGUGGACUGCUGUUUGCUCUGAUUGUGGAAGAAUGGGUUUGGGAUUAUGCUAUAACAGUUACUGCUAUUCAUAUUAUCAUAACUGCAGCUGUUAUGUCUGAAUUCCCUCUGAUGUUGCACUGGUGGAUGGCUUUAGGAUCUGGCUUAAUUUUGAUGAUGUGUGGAGGACAGGUCUUAGCAUACUGCUUGUUCAAGGACAACUUCAUUUACCCAGUCCUGGAUGAUUUUUGA